AUGUCUUCUCUCCUGCGCCUAUCAGGGACCCUCCGCGCGCUCCGGACACCUCAGUCUACUACCAAACUGUCACCUCACUUCUUCUCGCCCUCUCCCACGCCACGGUCCCUCAAUCUCCCCCACUCCCGCUCUUACAUCAAGCCCACCCCCAGCUCCGGCGGCUAUCGAUCCUAUGAGACCCAAGUAAGAGCCAACAAGGCAGUCCUCUACACGCUAAUGGGCACCAACAUUGCCGUCUUUGGAUAUGCAAUGUACCUCAAGGCGCAAGCCCAGCAGGGCUACCAACUCCCUCUUGUUCGCUUCAUGCAAAAAAUGACGCUGAACAUGUCUGAUGUCCAACGCGGCUCCUACCUCCCCAUCCUCACAUCGAUGUUCACCCAUGUUGAUAUCGGCCACAUCUUUUCAAACAUGUUUACCGUGUAUUUCUUAGGCGGCUUCCUGGCUUCGGCACCUGUAAUCACGCCUCUGCGGUUUUGGACUAUCACCCUGGGCUCAGGCAUCUCCGGAUCUAUCGGGUACCUCGUGAAUCGCUACUAUCAGCUGCAGGUUCAGGGCCCCGGGACUCGCGACUACACGCGCGGUAUGGGCUUUUCAGGCGCAGUCAUGGGCAUCAGUAGUGUAGCGGCUUGUCUGGCGCCACAGGCCAGAGUGGCUUUUUGGGGCAUUGUUCCCAUGCCGCUUUGGGCGCUCGUCGCCGGUUACGCAGUGUACGAUGGCUAUUUCCUGAACAGUUCGGAUACAAGAAUCGCGCAUGGAGGGCACCUGGGCGGCCUGGCAUUUGGCCUGGUCUAUUACGCCGCCAAGCUGAGGGGUCUCAGAUGACAUUUCGGACCCAAUCAGCUCAUAAGUAUGCGGUUAAAAAAAGAAGAAAUCAUGUGUUUGUACGAUAUUUAGAGACGCAGAUAAGCAUAUUCUCACGUCUCAUGUACAUAGACAUAUUGUCGCUACGCGGCACCGAGAAAAACCACCAAUCCCACACAAGUACAAGAGAAAG